AUGAAUAUUACUUCAGCUGCGGGGAUAAUAUCCCUACUAGAAGAACCAAGACCAGAAUUGAAAGUAUUUGCUCUAAAAAAAUUAGAUUCCAUUGUUGAUGAAUUUUGGCCAGAGAUUUCAGAAGCUAUCGAGAAAAUUGAAAUUCUUCAUGAAGACAAAGUAUUUCAACAGCACCAACUGGCUGCAUUGGUAGCAAGUAAAGUUUACUACCAUUUGGGAGCAUUUGAAGAUUCCUUAACAUACGCUUUGGGUGCUGGCGAUCUUUUUGAUGUAAACGCCCGAACAGAGUAUGUGGAAACGACACUUGCCAAAUGUAUUGAUUAUUACACACAACAUCGCAUUGCUUUGGCUGAAGGCGUACGAGAUGCAAAGCCCAUUGAUGCCAGACUUGAGGCCAUUGUGAAUCGUAUGUUUCAACGUUGUUUAGAUGAUGGACAAAACCGACAGGCCAUGGGACUCGCUUUGGAAACUAGAAGAAUGGACAUUUUUGAAUUGUCCAUUACACAAGCUGAUGACAUUAUUGGUAUGCUGACCUAUGCUUUUCAGGUCGCUAUGAGUUUGAUCCAAAACCGCGCAUUCCGAAACACCGUCCUGAGGUCUCUAGUCGGUCUGUAUCGGGGUCUAACUACUCCCGAUUACGUCAAUAUGUGCCAGUGUCUAAUUUUCUUAGACGACCCUCUCCCAGUGGCUGAAAUCUUAGAUAAACUCGUGUCUGGUAAAGAAGAUACAGAACUGAUGGCCUACCAAAUAGCAUUCGACCUAUACGAGUCAGCAACUCAGCAGUUUUUGGAGAGGGUAUUGGUAGCUCUUAGAGCUACUGCUCCGAUUCCGUCGCUGCUGGAAGAGAAGGCUAAACCCAAGAUUGGCGAUCAAGCCAGUAGCACUUCAGCUGAGGCUUCGACUGGCGAUGCCACUGUUAGUGAAUCAAAGACUGAAGUUGUUAAGGAAGAGAAAUCUAUUGAUAGUUUGUCUGAUCAUGAAAAAGAACACCAGAAACGUAUCGAAAAGUUACACACCAUUCUUUCAGGCGAAGUGUCCAUCGAACUUCAUCUUCAAUUUCUUAUCAGAUCUAAUCAUGCUGAUCUCCUUAUUUUGAAACAAACAAAAGAAACCGUCCGCGUUAGUAUUUGUCAUACUGCUACCGUUAUAGCUAAUGCUUUCAUGCACAGCGGUACCACCAGUGAUCAAUUUUUAAGAGAUAACUUAGAAUGGUUAGCAAGGGCUACAAAUUGGGCCAAACUCACGGCUACGGCUUCCCUUGGCGUAAUUCACAGGGGACACGAGCAAGAAGCUUUGACCUUAAUGCAGAGCUACUUGCCUAAAGAAGUGGGACCCAGUUCCGGAUAUUCGGAAGGCGGCGGGCUGUACGCUCUCGGUCUCAUACACGCCAACCACGGCGCUAAUAUCAUCGAUUACCUACUCGGUCAGCUGAAAGAUGCUCAGAACGAAAUGGUCAGACACGGUGGUUGUCUGGGUCUCGGUUUGGCCGCCAUGGGUACACACAGGCACGACGUUUAUGAACAACUAAAAUUCAAUCUCUAUCAAGACGACGCGAAUACCGGAGAAGCCGCUGGUAUAGCCAUGGGUAUGGUCAUGUUGGGCUCCAAUAAUUCGGCAACUAUAAUGGAUAUGGUGGCGUACGCACAAGAAAGUCAACAUGAAAAAAUCCUGCGUGGAUUAGCAGUGGGUAUAAGUUUCACGAUGUACGGUCGUCUAGAAGAGGCCGAUUCACUAAUCCAUCAGCUGACUUCAGAUAAGGAUCCAAUUUUAAGACGGUCCGGAAUGUAUACCUUAGCCAUGGCUUACUGUGGUACUGGACACAAUCAAGCCAUCAGGAAAUUACUACACGUGGCGGUGUCAGAUGUCAACGAUGAUGUCCGAAGAGCUGCAGUUACAGCUCUUGGUUUCUUGUUAUUCAGAACACCCGAACAAUGUCCAAGCGUAGUUUCCCUCUUAGCCGAAAGUUACAAUCCACACGUGCGCUACGGAGCCGCCAUGGCUCUAGGUAUCGCAUGCGCGGGAACCGGUCUGCGCGAAGCCAUAGCCUUACUCGAACCGAUGGUCAUGUUCGAUCCCGUUAACUUUGUGCGACAGGGCGCUCUCAUCGCUUCCGCCAUGAUCCUCAUUCAACAAACGGAACAGACUUGUCCGAAGGUCAGUUUUUUCAGGCAGACGUACGCUUCAGUCAUUUCCAAUAAGCACGAAGACGUUAUGGCUAAAUUUGGCGCUAUUUUAGCUCAAGGAAUAAUCGAUGCUGGUGGCAGGAACGUCACUUUAUCAUUACAAUCUAGAACUGGUCACACUAAUAUGUUGGCUGUGGUGGGAACACUGGUGUUCACACAAUAUUGGUACUGGUUCCCAUUGUCUCAUUGCUUGGCCUUGGCCUUUACUCCUACGUGUGUUAUUGCGUUAAAUACACAACUAAAGAUGCCUAAAUUGGAAUUCAAGUCGAACGCCAAGCCCAGCCUUUAUGCCUAUCCGGCGCCCAUGGAGGAAAAGAAACGCGAAGAACGGGAAAAAGUGACGACAGCGGUGCUGAGUAUAGCCGCUAGGCAGCGCAGGAGAGACCACGAAAGAAAGCAUCGCGACGAAAAAAUGGACGUGGACGAAGAAAAGGACGACAAAAAAACCGAAAAGGAAGAAAAGAAACCGGAAGAAAAAAAGGAAGACAAGAAGCCCGAAGAGAAGAAAGCGGACGACAAGAAACCUUCAACUUCGACGGCCGAUGAUAAAAAGGAAAAGAAAGACGAAAAGGAGGAGAAGAAGAAGGAACCCGAACCGAAUUUCGAAAUCUUGCAAAAUCCUGCCAGGACCAUGAGGCAGCAAUUGAAGGUGAUCACGAUCAACGAUAGCACGCAGUACACGGCGAUGAAAGAUGUUUCGAUAGGCGGCAUCAUCAUGGUGCGAAAUUUGAAGCCUGGCGAAGAGGAAUUGGUAGAACCUGUAGCAGCUUUUGGUCCAAAGGGCGAGGAUGAAAAAGAGCCAGAACCACCAGAACCUUUUGAAUGGACUGAGGAUUAG